AUCUGUUCCGCGCAGACUACUCUCCUCUAUACCACCAAUCGUUUAUUGCCAGCACCUACCACCCUCUCUCCCUCUUCUACUCGCCACAGUCAUCCCUCCCCCCCUGGGCUAUCUCCCGAGCAUGACUUUUCAGCAGAUUCGGAGAGAACGUGCUUCCAGCGACAAAGCCCAGGGCCUGCCAUCGGUUUCCGUUCCGCAACGUCCUAGUCUACCCAGCAGAACAAAUUCCGCUCCAGUUGGGGCGCUAUUUCAAUUGGAUUCUUCUUCGAAAAUGACAUCGAUGUCGACCAACGAUGCCGGCUUGAAGAAACUCGUACGACAACAGACCGUCCCGGAGGAGGAAAUGUUGUCUACUACCGGGAGCCCCACCGCUAUCCCGCAGCGUGUGAGCGACGAGUCAUUAGUAAAGCCGGAUCUUCCCCAUGUGACAAUUGCCGUUGCCGGUUGUGACGGGGCGGGCAAGACGACAUUCAUCACCAGUGCACUAGAUAUGAGGCAGCCGUUCAAGGGCCGACAAACAACGAAGAAGAUGUCAUUGGAUGGAUCCGUCUACCUGGUUCGCGUGUUGGAGCUAUCAACCACUGAGAUCACGCCUGAUCCCAAGGGCCCUGUCUGGCCUCGCUUCGGCAGUGAUCCGUCACCUCCUGCGAUAGAUGGUGUACUCGUCCUACAUGAUACCACUCAGCCAUCGACUUUCCCGGAAACUGCGAAGCUAUUAGAUUCCGUGGCUGCCUCCUCACUUCCGUUUGUAGUGCUUGCCAGCAAGAGCGACGUUGUUCCAACUCAUAAUGGGGUCCGCGACCCUGUCCUCGAACGAUAUGAAAUCCACAAAGCAACGCCGGAAUCGCCGCGAUCGCAAAAGAUGUGUAUAGCACUGGUGUUGCGAUCUGUUGUGAACAAUAAACACAUUGCGCUCUCGCAUAACGGUCAAGCCAAUAAAGCCAUCACCGGGAACUCGUCGCAAACUUCCUUACAAACCAAUCCCCCCAUCGCGCACGGAUUUCCUCAUCAAGCUCGUGCAAAUCAAGAACCAGCCGCUGGCGGCCCAACAACUACUAGUUCUACUGUCCCAACUCAAGGUGUAGACGGAAGCGGUGAGAUCCGCAGGCCCACAGACCAGGCGAAUACUAGCAGUGGUGCUACAAGUACCGGUGCCACCUCGAACGUCUCUUCAAAUAAUGCGCAUGGCUUAUCCAGGUACGCCCGGAGCAAUUCGAACCCUAUGCGACCGCAGACUCCACCCUCUGGGACCCUAUUGAAUCCGUACGACCCUUCGGCUUCAAAUGGGAGUUCGCCCAACAAGGAUCUCAAUCGACAACAGCGACUACAUACCGAGUGGCGGAACAGUGGUGGCUCGGAUGCCUUCGAUAACUUCUUGGCUAUGGAAGAGGAAAUUGAUGGGCCGCGGAGCGCUCCGCCCAGUCCUGACGGAAGCAGAGACAAGACCAACGACGGGACCCCAAGCGAUGUCGGUUACACUUUCGAUGAGCUCGUUGAUCGCUUAGUGUCGCAACCGGUAUCACGGCAGGACUCGAAAUUUGCGGCCAUAUUUUUGUGUCUAUACCGCAAAUUUGCGGCCCCCGCACAGCUUCUCAGCGCGCUAAUCAAGCGAUUCGACCGGAACGAGAAGAACAAUAGCGACCAGCUCUCGCGCAUUGCCGAUCAGCUCCAGCUGCUAAACGUCAUGGCCCAAUGGGUGUCGGAGUACCCAGGAGAUUUGGCGCACCCACGCACCCGGAAGCGAAUAGUGGAUUUUGUCUCGACACUGGAGCGCAGUCAUUUCUACAUGUUCGCUGCGAAGGAGGUUAGCUCAUAUCUCGAAAUACCGGUAGAAGACGACGAUGUGGGCUGGCCGUUCUCGGACAGAGAUAUUGAAGAAUUGAAUAACUCGGACACCCCGUUGGCUAGCUCGGGGCGGAAUUCGCCAUCGACUUUCCUCGGCGGACCAGCGUCUACCCCACAGGAUGAGGAAGAAGAGGAAGAAGAUCCCAUCUACAACCUUAGCGCAGUGGAUUUAAGUGAGGGGUUAACGGAUCCAUCAAUGAAGCUAUCCGGUCCACCAUCGAGCUCGUCUCUGGUUGAGAAACCCGGCAACAUCGUGAGCCAAUCUUUCACGCUUUUGAGUACCGAGGCUGCACAGAAAGAAGCUCACCACCUGGAACUCUCGCCGAUGAUCCCGAUUUCCAAGAUCGUAUGGCGGCAAUUUAUGGAUUUCUCAGACGAAGAUGUUGCGCGAGAAUUGACAAGGCUCGACUGGGUUAUGUUCAAUUCAUUCCGGCCACGAGACCUUGUGCGUCAUGUUAGCAUCUCAGGGCCGGAUAAGGAUAAGAUUAAAAGCCUGCAAAAUGUCAAUCGGAUGAUAAAGCAGUUUAACCAUUUGGCUUUCUUUGUUGCGAGCAUGAUUCUGCUUCGAGACAAGCCUAAGCAUCGGGCUAGGGCGCUGGAGCGGUUCAUGAACAUUGCAUUGAAACUGCGCCGCCUCAACAAUUACAACUCUCUUGGAGCAUUAAUAGCCGGAAUCAACGGUACACCAGUCCAGCGACUCUCGCAAACCCGCGACCAAGUCCCUGUCCAGGUCCAAAAGGAUUUCAUGAGGCUGGUUAUCCUCAUGGGAACCCAGAAGAGCCAUUUUGCCUAUCGAUUAGCAUGGGACAACUCAUUUUCCGAACGAAUCCCGUUCCUGCCAUUGCACCGUCGCGAUCUCGUCUCAGCCGAAGAAGGGAACAAGACCUUCAUCGGCGAAUGCAAGUCGCGGAUCAAUUGGAAGAAGUUUGAAGUUAUGGGCGAAGUUGUGCUGUGCAUUCAACGGAGUCAGAAGACGCCUUAUUCCCAGAUGCACCGGUACGAUGACAUCCAGCGGUUGAUUUUAGAUAUCAAGCUGGCUGGUGAUGAAGAGGAACUGUAUGCCCGCAGCAUGCACGUUGAACCAUCAGCCGGUGGUGAAACCGGACGCAAGAAGUUCGGUUGGCUACGAUCGUAGCCUUUCUCUCUCCUACCCUUCUUUUACCAUUUCACGUUAUCUAUCUACUCUAGCGGUAUUUUCUUAUCAUAUUUUACUUAUUUCGACGAAAAGUUGGAGCGAUGGCGACGGGUUUUUCAAUUUCACAUGUCUAUACCAUACAGUUGUGAUGCCGAUAUGAUUUUUGACGCGAUGGGAUGGGGUUUAUGCUCUUGGAUUGGGAGGUGAUAGUGUUUUAGCGAUUGUACCUUGUACAUAUGGAAUACAUAAUAAUCAGCAUUACCUUGGUAGACAAGUAGGUCUGCAAUAUGGGUUAAGUAUAUGCAUCACGUGAUAAUAACCUCCGAUCAUUCUCGGC